UGCACCGCGGCGGGCUCCUCUCGGUUGCAGGAAGGCUCGCUCAGUAAUGCAGUAAUGGCGGCGGGUUAGUUCCACACACUCAGCAGCUCCGUCAUCGGCCGCACUCACCUCACCGCAGUCCCCCGGGGGAGGAGGGGCAGCGAGCCGAGCCGAGCCCGGGUGGACCCGCGGGAUCGAGCCAGACACGCAGCGGACACGGCUUUCCUUCUCUUCGGCGGACACAUUCGAACGAGUCCGACAUGGAGGAGCACCCCGGCGGAGGAGCCGCCGGACCUCCGCCGCUGCCCCAGCAGCAGCCGCUCCAGCUGGGGGGAGCCGGAGGAGCUCACCCGGCCAUCGGCGGCGGCGCAGGAGGACCGGGGACGCUGCUGGGGCCGCAGCAGGGCGACGAGCUGCCGCGGCCCCAGCAGCAGUACACCGUCCCGGGCAUCCUGCACUACAUCCAGCACGAGUGGGCCCGCUUCGAGAUGGAGCGGGCCCACUGGGAGGUGGAGCGGGCCGAGCUGCAGGCAAGGAUAGCGUUCCUCCAGGGUGAGAGGAAAGGUCAAGAGAACUUAAAGAAUGACUUGGUCAGAAGAAUCAAGAUGUUGGAGUACGCUCUCAAACAAGAGAGGGCCAAGUAUCACAAGUUGAACUAUGGAACGGAGUUGAACCAAGGCGACUUGAAGCUGGCCAGCUUUGAGCCAGACGCCAAAGACUCUGAAGUGUCGGCGCUUCCCGCCAACAGUCAGCUGACGUGGAAACAAGGACGACAGCUCCUGAGACAGUACCUCCAGGAAGUGGGCUACACGGACACCAUCUUGGACGUGCGCACGCAGCGGGUGCGCUCGCUGCUGGGCUUGAACGCGUCGGAGCAGAACGGCUCGCUGGACAAGAAGAAGAAGAACCUUCAGCAGCUCAUCAACGGCAACGACGCCAAGCGGGGUCCCGGUGACGUUCUGGAGACGUUCAACUUCCUGGAGAACGCCGACGACAGCGACGAAGAUGAGGAUGAGGACGGCGAGCUGAUGGAUGACAUCAGCGACGACGUCAGACAUCCGCAAAAACACAAGAACAAGGUGGGCAACGAGGGUCUGGCGUCUGAGGAGGACGACGCGGAUACGGAGGAGGCGCUGAAGGAGUUUGACUUCUUGGUGACAGCGGAGGAUGGCGAAGGCGCCGGCGAGGCGCGGAGUUCCGGAGACGGGACCGAGUGGGCCGAGCCGCUCCCGUUCGCGCCCGGGGGGGGGAAGAACUUCCUGAUGGGCGGGGCCGACCACGUGCUGGAGAGCGUGUUGGGAUUGGGCGAUCUGGCCGACCUCACCGUCACCAACGAUGACGUCGACUUCAACUAUGACCUGUUGUCUAGUCAGGAGUCGUCGUUCCGGAAGACGUGGAACCCCAAGUACACGCUGCGAAGCCACUUUGACGGCGUGCGGGCCCUCGCCUUCCACCCGGCGGAGCCGUGCCUGCUCACCGUGUCCGAGGACCACACGCUCAAGCUGUGGAACCUCACCAAGACCGUCGCAGCCAAAAAGUACAUCAAAAGUGCCUCGUUGGAUGUGGAGCCGGUCUACACGUUCAGAGCUCACGUUGGCCCCGUGCUGUCGCUGGCCGUGACUUCCGGCGGCGAGCAGUGCUUCAGCGGCGGCGUGGACGCCACCAUACAGUGGUGGAACGUUCCCAGCUCCAACGUGGACCCCUACGACACGUACGACGCCAGCACCCUGGCCGGCACGUGGACGGGGCACACGGACGCCGUGUGGGGUUUAGCGUACAGCGGCAUCAAGAACCGCCUCCUCUCCUGCUCGGCCGACGGGACGAUCAAACUGUGGAACCCUCGGGAGGAGAACCCCUGCAUCAGCACUUUCAACACCGCCGCAGAACACGGCGUGCCGACGUCGGUGGACUUCAACGGCUGCGACCCCGCCCGCGUGGCGGCGGCGUUCGACAGCGGCGACGUGGUGGUCUACGACUUGGAGACGUCCCAGAAUGCACUGGUGCUCAAGGGCCAGGGCGAAGGAAGCCGUCCGGGCUGCCAUCACAUCUACAAGGUGGCGAGCCAUCCCACGCUGCCCGUCACCAUCACCGCGCACGAGGACAGAAACAUCAAGUUCUUUGACAACAAGUCAGGUAAGGUGAUCCACACCAUGGUGGCCCACCUGGACGCCGUGACCAGCCUGGCGGUGGAUCCAAACGGGAUCUACUUGAUGUCUGGAAGUCACGACUGCUCGCUGCGCUUGUGGAAUCUUGACUCCAAGACGUGCGUGCAGGAGAUUACGGCGCACCGCAAGAAGAGCGACGAGGCCAUCUACGACGUGACCUUUCACCCCUCCAAGGCCUACAUCGCCUCGGCCGGCGCCGACGCCCUCGCCAGGGUCUACGUGUAGGGCGACCCUCGCGUGUAGAGACGUGACGCCGAACGGCCGCCGCUCGCGCCUCGGGCAGCUGACCGAUGACAUCAUCAGUCCACCUGACACUCAAGCCCCUCCUCCUACGCCACCCGUCCCGCCGAUCAGGCCGCUUAUCCAAAUGGCGUCCGAUCCCGUCGCUAGGUGGUCCUCAGGCUCUCUCCGCCGACGGCGGCGAGGUUUCUUCACCGAAGCUUCCCGGAACACGACGGCAAAUAAAACGUACAGGCCAGAUCGAUCGGGACAGGAUUCGGGACUGCCGCCGGCCAAGCGGAACGUUUUUUGACGUUCGUGCGAUGACAUCGCAGCGACGUUUGAUCUGAUCGGCGGCGACGGGACUUCGGACCCCGGUCGUGCGAUCCCGCGGCCGGCCAAUCACGGCUCUCCGUUCGGUUGCCGACGUCACGAGUGCGCGCAGGGUUUUUGGUGUUUGUUUUCAAAUAUUUUCAAACCAUCUACGUUCUGUUCCUGGAGUGAACGAUUCUGAUCGGUCAGGACGAGAUUCGGAACCGCUGUCACGCGCUCUCGCCUCGGCAGCAGCCGGCCGAUCGCACGUCUCUGUUGAGUCGCUCAGGAGUCGGUGUGACGCUGUCAUGAUUGGUCCUGAUUGGACUUGAUCGAUUUGGGACUCGGGGCUUAAGCGGCCAAUCGCAAGUCUCCAUUCAGUCACCCAUAUCACAAGUAUUUGAUGGAUUUUUGACGUUUUAAAAAACAAUCUUUUUCCUCAUCUACUUCCUGUUCCUGAGUUUUUGUGACGACGUCAUGGCAACUGUCAGUCAAAAUCCAGGAAAUAACUGCCAACUCAUUGAUAUUUUAUUUAUUUGAUUUUAUUUUUCCGAGCCCCUCCGCCGAUUGGUUGACCGCAUAGCAUCCGCUCGGGGGGGCGGAACCACGUCGCUCACUGCCGCCAUUCUCACGCUUCGAUGUCCAUAUUAGGCAGUCAAGACUCCGGGAGGAGAUGUCCAAUCAGAAGCCACCCUGGAGCCCACGCUGCCUCCCGAUUGGCUUAUAUUUUGUUUUAACUUAAGGGAUUGCUGGUGUGGCGAGCAGCUGACGUUUACCACGUGACGCGUUAUUACUUCCUGUUGGUGUCCUGCAUGAGUACCACAAUUAAAGUAUUUUUUCUAGUCUUCCAA